UUCAAAGUGGGACCUUCUGUGUACAAAGCAGCUGCUCUAUCAUUUGAGCUACAGCCCUUCCCCUGAAAGGUUCUCUCUUUCAGCUUCUUUGUAAAUAAGAAUAGGGGGGAAAUGGGGAUGAUGGGGGUCUCUGAGCGCCGUUGGAGCUGCUGUCAGAGAUGUGCCAACCAUCCAGACACCCAUCUUCAAAGGAAGACGUAGGCCCCAUCAUUGGGUUUUUAUCAAAGGUUAUAUGGUAGAAACAAUAAUCCUCACGUUUGACUAUUCUUACCCAGCACCUUUCCUGCUCUGCAACCCUUUGGCCUGGGCAUAGUGAUCCCUGUUUGGCUUCGCUCAUAGAAUAAGUGGACCUGCUCCUUCUGAACGUGGCCUCAGAAGGCAGAAAACUAUUCCCAGAAGCAGAGAAGGGAUGAGGACCCCGUGAAAGGCCAAGAGAUCAAAUAUGGAACAGCAAGACCCAUCUACCCCUGAAGCAGGACUUGGCCCUGAUGCCAUCAAGACUGAGACCCAUGCGGAGGAAUUCCUGGGGGAAAAUGUGCAGAAGAUCUUGGGGAAGAAUCCCCUCACCUCAGAUGUGCAGCGCCAGCAGUUCCGGUGUUUCCGCUACCAGGCAGCUGAGGGCCCCUGAGAGACUUGCAGCCGACUCCACCUUCUUUGCCGUGAGUGGUUGAAGCCAGAGCGACACUCAAAGAACCAGAUCAUGGACAAGGUGAUCCUGGAGCAGUUCCUGGCUGUCCUGCCCCCAGAGAUGGAGAGCUGGGUGAGGGAAUGUGGGGCCGAGACCAGUUCCCAGGCGGUGGCCCUGGCAGAAGGUCUCCUGCUGAACGUGGCAGAGGACGAGAAGCAGGCAGAGCAGCAGGAAAAGGGUCUCUGUGCAGAAACAGGAAUGGAUUUCCCUGAGGCAGAGAGGACUCCAUUGGACCCCAGGCAGAGGCCGCUGGGUAAAGAUGAAUGGGGCGUGUUUCCGUUUGGUCUGUCUCUGUUGAUUUUGCCUGCGAGAACCAGUGUGAUGUAGUGGUUAAGGUUUUGGACUACGACCUGGGAGACCAGGGUUCAAAUCCCCACACAGCCAUGAAGCUCACUGGGUGACCUUGGACCAGUCGCUGCCUCUCAGCCCCAGAGGAAGGCAAUCGUAACCCCCGUCUGAAUACAGCUUACCAUAAAAACCCUACUCAUAGGGUCACCAUAAGUCAGAAUCGACUUGAAGGCAGUACAGUGGUUAAGGUGUUGGACUACGACCUGGGAGAGCAGGGUUCAGUCACUGCCCCUAAGUCCCAGAGGAAGUCAAUGGUAAACCCUUCCUGAAUACCGCUUACUAUGAAAACCCUAAACACCAUAAGUCAGGAUCAACUUGAAUUUCCAUUUUCCACUCUUGUCUCCAGCCUUUUCCACAGCUCAAAAAUGCUCCUACUUACAUCAUAAUUUUUUACGUGGGAACCAUCACUUUGAUUUCUGGCUUAGAGCUCAAAUGAGGAGAGGUGUUUUAUCACACAACUGAAAGAUAAAUUGUGCAUAAAUACCUGAAACUCACUCAGCUGAGAAGAACCCUUGUGCAGUUAUACCUCUAUGGUUAAAUCUCUGACAAUAGCAUACGGUAUACUAAUGGCUUUUGGGCCCAUUUUCUUUCUCACAGGGGAUGGAAUCAUUGUUAGCUCAUUAUGCUUAGUAAUUCCCUGUGUUGGGAAUGGGUUAACCACAGCACAGUAAUUUUGUGAAGGUCACACAGCUGUACCAGAUCAAAGGGGCUGGCUAUAAAAUACAAGCCCAGGGACCCAGGCUGUGUGGGGGGAGAUAGGAGUAAAGCUUAUGUUGGUGAUUGUAUUCUGUCUGCACAUUGAUAAAGUUUGUUUCGCUUGCACUAAGCUUAACAGUGUCAGUGUGGUCUAUUUCUAAUUGCCGGUUCAGGAACGCUGUUACUCACUCACCUCUGUGUCCUGUGCAACAAGUUAAGUCUGCCUUGUUGGUUCGGGACACAAGAGAGCUCAACAAAGGGUUAUGGGCCCAGCCAUAACAGCGUUACUGUGAAACUGUGCUAAAGAAAAGGAGAUCCAGAAAGUGCAUUACAGCAGCCGAAAGGAGUAAGAAAAGAAUGGCAGCAUUUGGAGGCGCAUCUUUUCCCUUGGAGAGGCUGGGGAGCACCAACUACUCCUACUGGAAGGUAAAGACAGAAAUGCUACUGGUGAAGGAGGGCGUGUGGCACACAGUUGCGGAAGACCCCCCUGCAGCCCCACCGGCAGAGUGGAUAAGGGCGGCAGAGAAAGCUAAAGCUCUGAUUAUCCUAGCUCUGGAAAAUGAACAGUUAAUACAUGUAAGAGGCUUAAACACUGCGAAGGAAGUGUGGAAUGCAUUAAAAACUGUACAUGUGAGAAAAACUGCGGGCUCUAAGGUCCUACUUGCUAAAACACUUUACCAAACACGUUACAAAGAAGGCGAGUCCAUGCAGAGGCAUUUACAGAACUUACAACGUUUGUUUGCCGAACUGCAAGAAAUGAACAUGCAACAUACACAGGAACAGAUGGCAUACAUUACGCUGUCAACUUUAAAUGAUUCCUGGGAUGGAAUAAUAAGCGCGUUAGAAAGUUUGCCAGACGCGGAGCUCAGUGUUAAUUACAUCACAAACAAACUACUGCAAGAAGCAGAACGCCGACAAGAGAAAAGCAAACAGAGCAACAAAGAAAACCCGGAGCGGAAUGAGCAAGGAUCCAUGGCAUAUGGAGUGAGACGCUGCUACACUUGUGGUUCCACAAAUCAUCUAUGCAGACAUUGCCAGGCUGAGAAGCAAAGAAGAACACAACAAUGCGAGAAAGACCCAUUUAAAGUGCAUGUCGUAGGAACAAAAGACAAAGACAAUGAACUGAACAGAGCAUCCUGGACUAUUGACUCAGGAGCUAGUCAUUUUUUGGCAAAUAAUGAAAAACAGUUUAAAACCCUGACCCCAACAACGAACCAGAACGUUUACUUGGCGGAUGGAAGCUGUCGCGAAGUAAAAAGGGAUCCAGUGUCUUUGGAGGAUGUGGCUGUGCAGUUCACGGAAGAGGAGUGGGCUUUGCUGAAUCCUGACCAGAGAGCUCUGCAUAGCGAAGUCAUGGAGGGGAUUUGUGGGACUCUGUCCUGUCUUGAAGAUGAUGAAUGGAAAGCCAAGAGGAAGGAAGAACUAUGUGGAAAGGAGAUACAGGAAAGAGGCAGAUCUGAAAACAGGGAAGAGCAGAGGAGGAAACCUGAAGCAGAAGAGAAAAGGAGGAAUAAAUCUUGCGCUUCUCAGGGCAGUGGCUACCAUGAAACUGCCAUCCGAGAAAAAACAGAUCAAGGAAGAAAAAGAAAUAAAUAUUUUCAUUGUUCGAAAAGUCUGAAUUCUAAAAGAAAGUGUAAAAAAGCCCACUACAAAAACCAGAAAAGGGAGAAAGCAUAUCAAUGUUUGGAAUGUGAAAGGAGGUUUAGCUGCAAGGCAAGUCUCAUUUUGCAUCAAAGAAUGCACACCGGUGAGAAACCAUAUAAGUGCUUAGAAUGUGGAAACAGCUUUCGUCUGACUUGCCAUCAAAGAAUUCACACUGGGGAGAAACCAUAUAAGUGGUUGGAAUGUGGAAAGAGCUUCAGGUGGAAACAACAACUCGCUGCCCACCAAAGUAAUCACACUGGGGAGAAACCGUAUAAAUGUUUGGAAUAUGGGAAGAGCUUCUGCUAGAAACACUUACUCACUGCCAACCAAAAUGUUCACACCGGGCAGAAACCAUAUAAGUGCCUAGAAUGUGGAAAGAGCUUCUGUCAGAAAACAAGCACUCACUUUCCAUCAAAAAAUUAACACUGGGGAGAAACCAUAUAAGUGCUUAGAAUG